CAUGUGUCUGUAAGCACCUCGGGUCAAUAAAGGAUCUGGGUGAUCGUACGGAUGUUGAGAAUCUGCUAUAGAUGAUCCUUGAGACUUUUUCUGCCUCCUGCAUUCUCUGACUUCCCUCGAAUCGUUGUCGGCGUCCUUCUGUUUAUUAGACAAUUACUUAUCCGUAUCUAGACAUACAACUGCGCUCGCUUCGGCAAAGAUGGUCUUUAAUACAGAACUCACCCGCCGGCUGGGCAUCAAAGUGCCGGUCGUGCAAGGAGGUAUGCAAUGGGUCGGGUAUGCUGAAAUGGCAUCAGCUGUGUCGAAUGCUGGUGGCUUAGGCAUUCUCACCGCCCUCACGCAACCCACGCCCGAGGAUCUGCGCAAGGAGAUCAGAAGAUGCAGAACCAUGACCAAGAACCCAUUCGCAGUCAACAUCACCCUCCUCCCUACAAUGAACGCUCCUCCCUAUGGCGAAUAUGCCCAAGUAUGCAUUGACGAAGGGAUAAAAAUAGUGGAGACGGCCGGGAACUCUCCUGGUCCGGUCAUCAAAUUGUUGAAAAAGUCAGGCGUCAUCAUUCUACACAAAUGCACUACAAUCAGACACGCCCAGUCAGCGGUCAAGCUGGGUGUCGACUUUCUCUCAAUCGAUGGUUUCGAAUGCGCAGGCCACGUGGGUGAAUCAGACAUCACAAACUUCAUCCUACUCUCAAGGGCAAGGCAAUCGCUCAACGUCCCCUUCAUUGCUUCAGGCGGUUUCGCGGAUGGCCAGGGGCUUGCAGCCGCCCUGGCUUUGGGUGCAGAAGGUAUCAACAUGGGAACCAGAUUCAUGUGCACGGUCGAAGCACCAAUCCAUGUCAACAUUAAGCAAGCCAUUGUUGACGCCUCAGAACACGAUACUGAGCUUGUCCUGAGACGCUGGAGAAAUACGUCGAGACUGUUCAAGAAUAAAGUGGCCUCAGAGGCUGUCAAGAUUGAAAAGACGAGCCCAACAGGAAAGUUCGAGGAGGUGGCCCCGUACGUGUCAGGAAAACGGGGCCGCGAAGUCUUCAUCAAUGGAGACAAAGACUUUGGAGUCUGGACGGCUGGUCAAGUCAUCGGGUUGAUCCACGAUGUCCCUACAUGUGAGCAGCUUCUGCGAAGGAUCGAGAAGGAGGCGUUUGAAGCCAUCGAGCGUACUCGAAAAUGUAUUCAACCUCAGAGCAAGCUGUAAAACCAGUCGUACCAGCAUUUCCUUUGUUACGCAAGGCUAGAUCACCCGAAAGAUAUACACCCGUUCAUCAAG